AUGCCAGACUCUGAAGGAGCAGACCAGAGAGAUUAUGGAGGGGUUUCGGAGUUACAAGACCACAACCUGGAUCCAGCUAACGGCAGCCAAAAUAACAAGCGUCCCACGAGAGCUUCGCCCAUUCCUGAUGACGAGAAGGAUAUCAGCGAAUACUCCCGUGUGCGCCUUCUCACACAAGCAGCCAUUGAAUGGAACAAACAGGACUGCUCUUCUAUACUCUACCUGUCAUCUCAGGGACUCAAAGUUACCGUCGUUGGGCCAAGACUCCCCUAUCGAGAGGACUACAGGGGCUACGCGGUCCGAGCAACCAAACCUUUCGCUCCUCGCCCGGGUCCUGGGAAGUUUCGCUACUUUGAAGUUGAAGUUAUAAAUGGCGGCAAAAGGAAUUUGAUCUACAUUGGUUUCUCGGCGCGAUUUGUCCCACUUCACAGAAUGCCGGGCUGGGACCCUGGCUCCGUGGGCUACCACGGUGAUGAUGGACGAGUGUUUCAAGGAAAGCCAUUUGCGGAUCUUUGGGGAGCAGGAUUCCGCAAGGGGGCCAUUGUGGGCUGCGGGAUUACCCCAAGCGGCGACGCGUUUUUUACGAUCAACGGAUUCUUCCAAGGUAUUCCUCGCCCGAUCCAAUCCUUGUUGCAUGUGGUUAAAAUCUGCUAG